UGCAGUGAGCGCGUGGGUCUUUCUUUCUUCCUACCACCACCACCCUCUCUACUUCCCCGCCAACCAGCUACUGAUUGGUCUGUGAACAACGCACCUAACCAUCACCACCCAGCACCACCACCUCCAUCACCCGCAACCACCACUUCGCACCCUCCCCAUCUUCAACAUCACCAUCCCACCAUCGUCGCCCCGCCCCCCUCGGAAACUAAAUCCCCCCCAUCUCCAUCAUCACAAUUCCUCAUCCCCGACAGCUAUCGCCCGUCAUGCUCCCCCAGCAGCGCAACAAGGUCGAUAUCAACUCGCUGUCCGCCGAGGAGCAGCGCCUCUUCCGUCUGUACGGCAAACUCCCGUCCAAGCGCGAUAUCCUCCAGAACAAGCUCAAGGAACGUAAAUACUUCGAUUCGGGCGACUACGCACUCUCGAAAGCCGGCAAGGCCAGCGACGUCGGCGUAACCAACAUCGGCAGCCAGCACCCGCUGCCCGAGAACAUCCCGCACAUCCACAGCACGCCGACGCCCGGCAGCAAGGCGGGCGAGGUCGGCUCGCCCAUCAAGGAGCACACGCACCUGCACUCGUCGCCGAUGGCGAGCGAGGAGCCCGUUACCGCCGAGGAGCUGGAGCGUGAGCAGCAGCAGGAGGAGGAGCUGGCCGCCGAGAAGAAGGUCGAGGUCGAUGAGAAGGAGAAGGCUAAGACUGAGGCGUGAGCUUAUCGGGGCUGGAUGGGAUGGGAUGGGGCGGGAUGGGAUCGGUUGGGAUCGCUGGGAUGAAAUGACAUGGCAUGGUGUGGCGCGCGGAAAGGAGGUUUCUUUUUACUCUUCUUCGUUGACCAGACCGAUCAGAUGAGAUGGGCCGUAUUUUCACGCACAUGCUCUAAACGAAACGCAUCCACAUCUACAUCUACAUCCACAUCCCCCAUCUCCCCCUUCCCCCAUUCCCCCCCUCCUUCCCCUUCACCUCCUCCUCAUUUUCCCCCGCAUACACACGCAUGCACACACGCAGAUAUACAACAUACUCGGUCAUUACAGUAGUUUACGCGAGCAAGGCAAGCAAGCGCGUUUUCGUCGUUGUUUCUGGCGUUGAGGGGUUUAGUUUUUAGUUUUCAGUUUCGAUUCGAUGUGGGGAGGAGGGAGCUGCUGGCGACAAUGUGCCGACUCUGUUACCUAUGUUUCUUCUUCUUCUUCUUCUUCUUC